ACUAUGUUAGUUUCUCUGUGUUUUCUUCUUGUAGGAAGCAUCACCAUCUCCAGUUGCAUCAGCAGCUAUGCUUUCUGUAGCAUUUAUGAAAGCACUCGGUUUUCUGUUUCAGAACUUCAGUCAUGAGUACAACCCUGAAGAUGCAUCUGGCUUCUUUGUUUCAUUGCUUUUUGGUGUUGGACCACUACUUGGUGGCCGUUUUCUUGUCUCAUUUGCACUUGCUUUCCGUUUUCAUCAUGCCCUUCUUAUGAGUGCAGCCUCUGCAUUGCCUUUGUCCUUGGUGCUUGGCGACCAUCACAACUAUUUGUCUUUCAAGAUUGGUUUCGUCCCUCUUAUGUCACUACUUGCUCUGGGAGUUGCAUUUGCCCAGGUUUCAAUCGCCAAUAUUUUGGCACUUGUAGGUCAGAAAAGAUCUUCAGUCAAUGACUACCUGCAAUAGCAGGUUUUCCAGUUGCAGUGAGUGCCAUCACACUUCAGUCAGUUUUAGCAUGUGGCCCUUCAUGCACUGGCUGAAGGGCUUGCACUGGGAGUGGCUGCACCAAAAGCUUAUGGAUUUGGUCAACACAUGGUCCUUCCUGUCUCACUUCACGGGCUCCCCCAUGGUACAGCAGUGGCUAGGUGUAUAUUUGGAGCCACUGAAAAUUGCCAUGGGGCUUUUGCAGCAGCCGCUUUGAUUGGCUUUGUGGGCCCAAUAUCUGCAAUCGGAGCUAUACUUGCUGGUAUUGACUACAGUGGUCUAGUCCAUCUUAUGGUUUUUGCUUGUGGGGCAUUACUCCCAUGCUUCUUCAGGAUAGUUAACAGAGCCCUAAAGUUAGAUACAUGGAAAAGCAGUUGUGGGCUUGCAUUAGGAGUUGGUCUUGCUACAUUAUGCCUAACAUGCACCAAGUUAGUUUGCUUGCACACACCUUACUGCAAUUCUGCCCCGGAGGCUGUCAGGUAAGAUGAUUGUGCUGGACUUCAUUGCAUUAGUUGACGCAAUAAGAGCUUGGCCCCUGCAUUACCAGAUUAUACUUGUUGAUUUGUAGACAGACUCCGGGAAAGCUCCAAAGAGGAUUCAUCAUCCAACAUGAUAGCACAGAAGAUGAUGGUUUCUAUGGUUGGACACUAGGUUUGCAUAUGGGAAAGAGGGAAUUAGUUGUUCAUAGCUUCGCUUGCGAAUCGUAUGAUAUAUACGUUGUGUUCAUCUGUUAUUAUUUGAAUCUCUGAAAUGAUUCAGGUGUAGCUGAACAUUGUUCUUUAGACGGAAUACAACAAAGCUCCAUCCUAGGCAUUUCCCCACUCCUGGUGAGAACUUUGUGUAGAAAAUUUUUGUUUUCUACAACUUGAGUACAUCUUAGGAACGAUAGUUUUAUGGUUGUUACAUGUGCAUGGGUUUUUUUUUCCCAUAACAGCUUUGAGCUGUUGAACCACUUACUCUUAAUAUAAAUACACGAAAUAC